GGGCUUUGGGGUCCUGGGGCGGUCCUGGGGGGGUCCUAUGGGGUAAGGAGAGAGAGAAAAUGGGGUGGAUUGGGGGGUCCUGGGGGGGUCUUGUCCCCCGUGUCGCCAUGUUGCUAGGCCUCAUCUCCCAUUUCUAUCCCCAAACCUCCAAUUUUUGGGGUCCUGACCCCACUCUACCACCACCCCAAAUUUGAGGGAUCCCCACGCUGACCUCUUUUGUCCCCUCUGUUCUCUCCUUUGCCCCAUAUCCCACCUGAGGCCCAGAGUUCCCUCUGGUUUCCAUGGUAACCAACCAUCCCAAUGGCGGCCGCCAUGUUGCUAGGCCUCAUCUCCCAUUUUACCCCAAAUCUCCUAUUUUUGGGGUCCCGACAUCCCCAAACCACCACCCCAAAUUUGAGGGACCUCCGUGUUGACCCUCCAUCCUCUCUGUACCAUUCUGCCCUCCUUAUCCCACCUGAGACCCACAGAUCUGUUUUGUUUCCAUGGUAACCAAGCAUCCCAAUGGCAGCCGCCAUGUUGCUAGGCCUCACCCCUCAUUUUUACCCCAAAAUCUCCAAUUUUGGGGGUCCUGACACCCCCAAAUCACCACCCUAAAUUUGAGGGACCCCCCUUUUGUCCCCACUGUCCUCUCUUUUGCUUCAUGUUCCUCCUGAGGCCCACAGUUCCCUCUGGUUUCCAUGGUAACCAACCAUCCCAAUGGCGGCCGCCAUGUUGCUAGGCCUCACCCCUCAUUUUUACCCCAAAACCUCCAAUUUUUGGGGUCCCGAUGCCCCCAAACACCACCCUAAAUUUGACUGACCCCCCCCCAUGUCCCUCCCCCCAGCUGCUGAACUGCCAGUCCAUCCCCGAGGUCCAGGUGACGGCGUGUUUGGUGUGGAAGGACUGGCCGCACCGCGUUCACCCGCACGGCCUGGUGGGCAAGGAUUGCAGCAAUGGGCUCUGCCAGGUGCGGCUGCAGCCCCACAGCAACCCCAGGCACAGCUUCAGCAACCUGGGGAUCCAAUGUGUGAAGAAGAAGGAAAUCGAGGCGGCCAUCGAGAAGAAGCUGCAGCUGGGCAUCGACCCCUUCAAAGCCGGCUCGCUGAAGAACCACCAGGAGGUGGAUAUGAACGUGGUGAGGAUCUGCUUCCAGGCGUCGUAUCGCGACGGCAACGGGAGGACGCGACAGCUCAGCCCGGUGCUGUCGGAGCCCAUCUUCGAUAAGAAAUCCACCAACACGUCGGAGCUGCGCAUCUGCCGCAUGAACAAAGAGAGCGGGCCGGCUGCUGGCCCCGCAGAGGACAUCGCCGUGGUGUUCCGCAAGGAGAGCUGGGAGGCGCGCGCCGACUUCUCGCAGGCCGACGUCCACCGGCAGGUCGCCAUCGUGCUGCGCACGCCGCCCUUCUGCUCCCUGCAGCUGCAGGAGCCCGUGCAGGUCGAGGUCUUCCUGCAGCGCCUCACCGACCGCGCGCGCAGCCGGGGCUGUCCCUACACAUACCUGCCCCGGGAGCAGGACGCCUAUGGGGUGAAGGUGAAGCGGAAGCGCGGCAUGCCGGACCUCCUGGAGGAGCUGUCGGGUGCAGAUCCGUAUGGGAUUGAGGCCAAAAGGAGGAAACCGCCCCCGGGCUUCAUGGAUCACUUCGCUCCGCUUCCGGCAGCAGGUGGGGGCUGUGGGGUCAAUGGGGUCAAUGGGGUUAAUGGGGGCAGUGGGGUCAAUGGGGUCAAUGGGGGC